AUGCGCUCCCAAGCGUCAUUGUUUCAUGAGAAGCCACCGCUCAAUCUCGAUGCAGCCGAGAUUGACGAAGAAGCGGAAGCCCUCGAGGGCUAUGUGGUUGAUCCAAGCCACUAUGCGGACAAUGCUGCCAGGUUGAAGACCAGCGCCGAUGGUCGUUAUGUCCUCAUCCCCCAGCCACUGGAUACUCCUAGCGAUCCUCUCAAUUGGAGUGAUGGGAAGAAAUGGCUGAUAGUCGCAAUCAUCGCAUAUAUCGCUCUCCUGGCAGAUUAUACCGGAGGUACAGCGAUUAUCACUAUAAUCCCUCAGUCCAUGCAAUGGCAACUGGCCCAAGCAACAGUUCAGCGAGCGGUCGUCGGCAACCUCUUCACAAUCGGUGCCUGUGGACUCUUCGUGGUACCAUUUGCAAGUUACUUUGGCCGUUGGCCGGUCACUCUAGUGUUCCAAUGUGUGAUGCUAGGAACCUGCGCCUGGUCUGCAGCAGCAACGAGUUUUCGUUCAUACCUCGCAGCACGCAUCAUCAACGGUUUCUUCUGCAGUGUGGGCCAAGGAGGGGCUCUGAUGUGGAUUAAAGAUUUGUUUUUCUUCCACCAGCACCCGCAGAUCAUCAACUAUGUGGAGUUCUCGAUCAUCCUUAGCCCAUACCUGGGCCCUCUGAUCACCUGCUUCAUCGUAUCGGACGUGAGCUGGCGAUGGGCCUUUUGGGUGUGCACCAUUCUUUCGGGAGUCGGCUUGGUACUCGUCUUCUUGCUGGACGAAUCGCUUUUUGAUCGAAAAUCUCCUCCAAGCUCUCCUGGUACCUAUGUUUCUCGCCUCAUCGGAGUGCACCAGACCAGAACUUCACAAAGGAGCUUCACCCAGUGUAUGGCUCGCCCGAUCGUAGCCAUCACUAAAAUUCCGGUUCUCACGAUCCUCAUCUAUUACUUCUUGAACUCUGCGUGGGUCAUUGGGGUCAACACCACCAUUGGAAUCUGGCUCACCAACAUCUAUGGAUUUUCGAGCAGAGGUAUUGGGUAUUUCUACUUUUUCGGCAUCGUAGGUGUUCUCCUCGGUUGGUUUAUUGGUCAUUUCCUCCACGACGCAGUUGGCUGGUACUAUAUGAAGCGUCACUCCGGCAGACUCGACCCGGAAGCUCGGCUCAUCAUCACCUACCCGGCCACUAUCCUCUGCUGCGUGAGCCUCAUCAUUCUCGGGUUUGCGUUCGAGAGACACUGGCACUACAUGGUGAUCGCAGUAUUCGCUGCCAUGCAAUGUGUGGGAGUUAUGAUCGUCACGACAGCCAUAAAUGCUUAUCUCCUCGACUGCUACCCCGAAGGAUCAGGAGAAGUCGGCGCAUGGGUGACGGCCAGUCGCAACUGGGCUGGUUUCAUGGCGACGUAUGUUCAGAUCGACUGGGUCACACGCAUCGGGCCAGCAAAAGCACUGGGGAUUCAGGCGGCCAUCACAUUUGCUUCCUUGUUUUUUAUGGCGUUCCUUCAAGCGUAUGGCAAGCAAAUGAGGAAAUGGCAGGGGCGAAUGGUUUUUGGAAAUCAAAAACGAGCUUGA